UAUAUGGGGCACUGGUUGCCAUCAACCGGCACACUCUCAGUCGCUCCGACUCGGGAACCAGGGCAUCAGCGGAGAUAGCAGGCUUUACUUCAACCUAUUAGGCUAACUCGCUUUGGGCUUUGGUUCAGGAUGGAAACCUCUUCGAUUUCUCGGAGCCGACGAUGCUCCAUCAUGCGCAACUGCAAAAGCGGUCUCUCCCUCUGGCUGGUGGUGUGGCUGGUCCUCGGCAAGCCAAGUCCGGCAUCGGCGUGCCCGCACCUGUGUGUGUGCUACCCGACGCCCAUGACUGUGAGCUGCCAGGCGCAGAACUUCACCGCCGUCCCGGUCGGAGUGCCCUACGAAUCGCAGCGCGUGUUCCUCCAGAACAACCGGAUCACGGAGCUUAGAGUUGGCUCUUUUGGCUUCGGAACUCAGGUUCUGUGGCUGUUCUCCAACAACAUCACAUGGAUUGAGGCAGGGGCCUUCAGUGAGCUGAGGGACUUGGAGGAGUUGGACCUGGGGGACAACCCUAACCUCCACAGGCUGGAGGGGGGAGCCUUCCGCGGCCUAGAGAAACUCCAGAGCCUCCACAUGCACCGCUGCCGGCUCACUGCCCUGCCCCAUGACAUCUUCCACAAGCUUUACAGCCUGCAGUUCCUCUAUCUGCAGGAGAAUAAUCUGCACUUCCUGCAGGAUGACAUCUUUUCUGACCUCAUCAACCUGAGCCAGCUUUUCCUGCAUGGCAACCGUAUCCGCACCCUCUCAGAGAACGUGUUCCGUGGCCUGGUCAACCUUGACCGCCUUCUCCUCCAUGACAACCGCAUCAGGCAGGUGAACCGCCGCGCCUUCCGUGACCUCGGCCGCCUGACCAUGCUCUUCCUCUUCAACAACUCCCUGGCUGAGCUGCCUAGCCAGACCCUGAGGGACACCCAGGGCAUCGAGUUUCUCCGCCUCAAUGCCAACCCAUGGUCCUGUGGCUGUGAGUCCCGCGCCCUGUGGGAGUGGUUCCGUGAGGCCCGUGUCUCUUCAUCCGAGGUGAUCUGCGCUUCCCCUUCCACCCGCCGCGGCCAGGACCUUCGCUUCCUUCGUGAGAUGGACUUCGCUCUCUGCCCCCUGCCCGACCCCGGCUCCAUCGCUGGCUCCACCACCACCACCUUCAGCACCAAGACCCGCUGGUGGUUCCACAAGAACAAGCCCCAGUCGUCCACAAAAGGCAUCUUUGAGAAGGCCUCCGAGACCGUCAAGGCCGGUUUGUACGGGAAAGGCCCAUCCACGACCACCUCAGUAGUCAAGUACGAGCUAGGGGAGGAAGAGCUGGCGCUGCCCAAACUUGACCCAGAAGAGUACUGGGCAAACUACGGCAACGAGGACUCAGGUGUCACUCUGCGUUGCUUUGAGCUCGAAUGUCCACCUGAGUUCGACCUGCCUCCAUCUUCCUCCUCUCCCUCAUCCUGCUCGCCCUCUCUCUUCUCACUACUAGCCCUUUCUGUUUUCACCCUCUGCCUCAACCUCCACCUAUUAUUCGGCUGAAUCGGACUCUUAGUACCACUCCCCAUGUCCUUUCUGGCCUGUUUUAAAGGCUGUGAGGACCCCUGUUAGACUCUCUACACCCCCUUUGCCUGUGUUGCUGUAAGCCUAUUCUCAAGGCACAGCCAGGGAGAUAGGGGGACGGUUAGAUUCUGAAUCUACCACCUACAGGGCUUAACACUUUUCAGGGCUGCUAAGAGUUCUUCAGCUAUUCAUAUAUAUCUACAAUACUCUACAGGUAUGGCUUUCUGUGUCUCACCUGUACGAUGUCACAAUUCCCUGUAAUCAGGGCUAUGAGGGCUGAGUACAUCUCUAGUGUCAACACGAUUUGAUAGCAGUUGUGAAUGAUGUUGUCAAUUUUGUCACCUCAGCUUAGUUAACUAACUAGUGCUAUUAGUGCAUCCAAUUAACUGGCUGCUACAAUUACUACGAUUACUGUUAGAAUCAGUGCACAGUAAUGACAAUACUGUAACCACUUAAAGUGUCAUGUAAAUAGUUAUAUAUUCUGUGAGUGUUCGAACUGAUAUCUGUGGUCCAGCACCAUCACUUUCAUCUUUAUCCAGGAAAACUGUGAAGGCUAGUGCUUCUACAGGACAGAGCACAAUGCACAGUGAGGCUGAGUGUUUACCAGGAGAGAGAGAGAAGAGAAGAAAAUAUACUGUGAAGCUGGGAGGGAGAGAAGAGAGAGAAAGAGAG